AUGGCCACGCAGCACAUUCUCCUCCUCCUCAUCGUGGCUUGCAUCCACCACAUUGCAUACGCGAGCACGGCAUACGACAUCCUGGACAAAAACAACUUACCACGUGGCCUCCUCCCCCAGGGCGUGCGAUCGUACGUGCUCAACCCUGACGGCAAACUGGAAGUGACCCUCGCCGGCCAGUGUGAGAUUCCAGUCAACUUCGGCGGCCAACAGCUCAAGUUCCGUUUCUCCAGCACGGUUGGAGGAGUCAUCAACCCCGGUUCCAUCCAUGAGGUGUAUGGCGUGGAUGUGCAGAUCAAGUUCGGGUGGCUCGGCAUCAGACAAGUCGACCGUGCCGGUGACCAACUCACGUUUCAGGCCAAGCAGUUCACACAGUCGUUUCCGGUCAGCGCCUUCGCCGUGAGCCACUCCUGCAGCUGA